UUCUUCAAAAUUUGUUUUAAAAUCCUUUGCAGAUUUGUGUAAUUUAUUUACUUUUGCUUGGUACCAAAAACAAAUAGAGCAAAAAUGAGCAAUUCUUUUUGAUAAGCAGAAAAAAAUGUUAGGAACGAAUGAAGAAAAAGUGAUGCAGCUAUUUCCUUUUACUGUCACUUCGUAAUUCGUAUCAUUCUUUUGCCGUCAACUUCUACCAUCUCUUUUUUUUGUAAAACGAUAAAACUUUUUGUUGUCGCUGUAAAUGUUAGUAAUCUGACCUAAUCCCAAUUUAUUAUGGAUCACCAAAAAGCUGGUACUCUACAAUUUAAUAAUAAAAGAAGAAGAAUAAAUAUAGGAAUAAAUCGUCUUUUUUGGUGUAAGCUACAUAUAAAAUUCAAACCGUCAAACACACAUACACAUCGAAACCCUUAUAUUUCAUUUUCUUUCUGUUUUAGAGAAGAAAGUUUCUAUAAUUGAUUGAUAAAUCUGAACAUCAAAGCUAAGAAUUUCUCUUCUUUUUUUCUUCUUAAUUCAUCUUUCCCUCUCCGAAACAGAAAUUCAAAAACAAAUUCAACACGAAAACGAUGGCGUUUCAUAACAAUCACUUUAAUCAUUUCACCGACCAACAACAACAUCAGCCUCCUCCUCCGCCGCAACAGCAGCAGCAACAACAUUUUCAAGAAUCAGCACCCCCUAAUUGGCUCCUCCGCUCCGACAACAACUUCCUCAAUCUCCACACAGCUGCCUCUGCCGCCGCUACAAGCUCCGAUUCUCCUUCUUCCGCCGCCGCUAACCAGUGGCUCUCACGAUCCUCAUCCUUCCUCCAACGAGGCAACACCGCAAACAACAACAACAACGAAACAUCCGGUGACGUCAUCGAAGACGUUCCCGGCGGAGAGGAGUCAAUGAUCGGAGAGAAGAAGGAGGCGGAGAGGUGGCAGAAUGCGAGACACAAGGCGGAGAUACUGUCUCAUCCACUAUACGAGCAACUUUUGUCGGCACACGUGGCGUGCCUGAGGAUCGCAACGCCGGUGGAUCAGCUUCCGAGGAUAGACGCACAGCUUGCUCAGUCUCAAAACGUCGUGGCUAAGUACUCAACUUUAGAAGCCGCUCAAGGACUCCUCGCCGGCGAUGACAAGGAGCUUGACCACUUCAUGACGCAUUAUGUACUAUUGCUUUGCUCUUUCAAAGAACAACUGCAACAGCAUGUUCGUGUUCAUGCAAUGGAAGCUGUUAUGGCCUGUUGGGAGAUUGAACAGUCGCUUCAAAGUUUUACAGGGGUAUCUCCUGGUGAAGGCACAGGAGCAACAAUGUCUGAGGAUGAAGAUGAGCAAGUAGAGAGUGAUGCUCAUUUGUUUGAUGGAAGCUUAGAUGGGUUAGGGUUUGGUCCUCUAGUUCCCACUGAGAGCGAGAGAUCUUUGAUGGAACGAGUCAGACAAGAACUCAAACAUGAACUCAAGCAGGGUUACAAGGAGAAAAUUGUGGACAUAAGAGAGGAGAUACUGAGGAAGAGAAGAGCUGGAAAAUUACCAGGAGACACCACCUCUGUUCUCAAAUCAUGGUGGCAAUCUCAUUCUAAGUGGCCUUACCCUACUGAGGAAGAUAAGGCGAGGUUGGUGCAGGAGACGGGUUUGCAGCUCAAACAGAUAAACAAUUGGUUCAUCAAUCAAAGAAAGAGGAAUUGGCAUAGCAAUCCAUCUUCUUCUACCGUCUCAAAGAAUAAACGCCGAAGCAAUGCAGGUGAAAACAGCGGAAGAGACCGUUGAGAUCAAGCUUGCAUGUAGAGAUCCAAAAGCUUUAUAGAAAGGUGGAGGCAUGAAGACAAAGAAUUCUUACACAACAAACGUAGGACGUAAUUUUGUGCCAGUACAUGGUAUGGCUUUCAUAUUUGGUAAUGAUUAGGGCCACACAAAAUUAAACCCCAAAGCAUGAUUUGUAAUAUGAGGUUUUAGAUGGACUUUAUGAUAGGAUCGUCAGUCUUCACUGCCAUCUCCAUUCUCCACCAUCAAUCCAUCAUUAUAUCUUGUGAAUAACAUGGAAAUUUCUCGUUAUGCAUUUAAUUUGUGCAAUCAUUGGCCGUAAUCUACACAAAUAUACAUAUUAAUUUAGCUUGAAUAUAUUAUCUCAAUUAAUGGUUUCAAUUUUUUUGUUUUGUUUUGUGAGUGGAACCACUUUUUAUGUGGAAUUGUUAACCCUAAUGCCAAAAUCUAAACUCUGCGAAGGUCGCCAGCAAACGAAAGAAAGAGAUUAUCUCCGCCGUUGUCAAAAUUAUUAAAAGGGAUUAUAAAGUUUUUCAAUUUGGGCCCCUUUCCUGCGUUUUCUUUAUUGUCCAUUAUGGGCCUCAUUGUCUCUAGACUCUCUACCUUACAGGGUUUGCUCGCCGACGUUUCAUACAUAGUCCUCUUGUUUCUAAGGAUGCCGAUUAACACUUUUCAUUUUUAUCAACAAACUGGCUUGCAAGGGUUUUGAACCUGAGUGAUGACCUACCAUUUCUAUCCAUACUAUAAUCAGAUUUUUUUUUGUUCUUUUUUAUAAUCAAG